UGGGCAGGAAUGAAUCACGUGAUGUCAGGUAAAGAUCUAGAGGCCCGUCAAUCAAUUUCAAAAACCGAGACAAAUCCCAGGUAUAAAACCUCUUGACACCUUUGAAACACGGUUAAAACACUGUAAACUGUAUCCAUAUACAUACGUUCUUGUUCAAAUAGCAAACCAUGGAGAAAGAUUCUUCUUUAGAUAGAAUUACCUUAUCUCUAUCCAAAUUAAAGACAGAGCUGAUGGAGAUGAGAAGUCAAGAUGUUAAACUGAUGAAACAGUUGAUAUCUAUUAAUACCACUAUUGGUUCCAUGACAAACGGAAAGCACAGAAAUCCUGUACUAAGAAGUGCUAGCGUCAGCUCGCUGAACCGCCGGAGUGUGGACAAACUCAGCAACAGAAGAAGUGCCGAGGUGAUGUGCAACCUGAAGAACCCUCUGGUUCGACACAGAAGCGCUCCAAUCAUGGUCGAAGAUAGAAAAGAUGACCAGAAUUUAGACAUUGAAAUUUCGGAAGAUGCCGGUGCCAGCAGUUUGCCAGAAUCAGCAAAUGACAUUGCAUCCCUGUGUAGUUCUGCAUCAUCACUCGCGUCAGCCAAUCAACUGUCUCCAUCAUACCUCCGGCCACUUCCGGAGGAGGAGGAUACAGACGACAGAAUGUAUUAUGGAAUCUUAAUGAAAAACAUCAAACUCUGGAAAUACUCUGCGGAAUCUAUUAAUAGUUCAGAAAGCGACAGCUCGUUUGACAGUUAGUGGAGUUUCGGAGUGAUUAGCAAUUUUAAUUUAUGUGGUUUUGUGGGAGGGAAGUGAAUCAUGUGCAAUAUUGACAACUGUGACCCAACACGUCACUUCUGUUCGUUACUAUACUUUCUCCCAAACUCUACCAUUCAGUGAUUGGAAAGGAAAUGUUUCAACCUCAUUUUCCUUGAUACUUGAAUUUGGAGGUACGGAUACGCUUAUUUUAAGUUGUUUCAUUACAUUAAGUAAUAAGUAGACUUAAGUGUUCAAGUGAUUUCUCAUGUGCUUAUCUUGACUUGUUGUGUCGCGUUACGUAGACAUAUUUCUCAUAGGUUUCUCUUCAAUUGUUUCGCCGCGAUACGUAGACUUUAAAAGUGCUCAAACGAUUUCUUAGAGGUUUAUUCAGUGCUAUUAAAGUUAUUUCUUAUAAUUUCUUUUGAAUUGUCGCGUGUAGACUUGAGUGUUCAAGUUAUUUCUCACAGGGUUCUCUUGAAUUGUCGCGUUACGAAGACUUAAGUGUUCAAGUUUUUUCUUAUAAUUUCUUUUGAAUUGUCGUGUUACGUAGAGUAGAGGGCUCAAGCGAUUUCUUACAAAAUUCUCUUGAAUUGUCUCGUCGCGUUACGUAGAUUUCAGGGCUCAAGCGAUUUUUUUCAUAUGCUUCUCUUGACUUGCCUUAUCAUAUAACUUGGUACGCAAGCUAGAUCUCUUUAUCAAACAAUUUAAAACUAGUGCAGAAUUAUGAUUGAUUUGAAAUGGUAGUGAAAACAGAGAUUUAAAUUCUUUUCUUUGAUGUUUUUUUCAGUGACGUAUGCAGAUACCUAACUCGGGUGGAAGAAGUUGGUUGUGAUGAAUGGCUUUACACGGAGAAACCUGACGUGGGGUGGAAAGAACAGUUUGAUGGGGAGAAUUACUACUCAGUCUUGAAUUAAUGUGUGCAAUACUCUGAAAAAAAUGUUUCUGAAAUAUACAUGUCUGUAUACUCUAAGUGAAUAAAUACAUAUUCAUUUA